CCUCUCUUUGAUACUCUCCCAGUCACCGCCUCCUCACGAACAUAACACCUGCCCAGCAUGUCGUCUCCCCAGAUGAUCACCCUCGAGCAGGCCACCUGGGCCUGGAUCGAGGCUGGUGCCAAGAAGCACAAGAUGGACAUCCUCUCGAGGUAUCUCAAGGCCUUCCAGGCAGGCUACCUCCUGUCCUUCGGUGGCACCCUCGUGCAGAUCAUGACCGCCAACCCAUGGUUCACGACUAACGCCCCUGGCCUCCUCAAGAUCCUUCAGGGUCUCGUCUUCCCCCUCGGUCUCGUCAUGAUUGUUCUCUUCCAGGCCGAUCUCGUGACCGGUCAGAUGGCCAUCAUGAUCAUGUCGACAAUGAAGCGAAAGGUGCCCCUCUGGGCCUGGUUUGUCGACUGGACCCUUGUCUUCAUUGGUAACCUCUCUGGUGCACUCUUCUAUGCCGGCAUCGUCGUCCACUAUGGUGGCAUCUACACCCCAGCAAUCAGCAAGAGCGCAGCAAUGGCAGCCGACAUGAAAGCCGAGGCGGCGUUCCACGAGAUCUUCUUGCGUGGAAUCGGCUGUAACUACGCAGUCGUUGCCGCCGUCUUCAUGGCCAGCCUUGCCAAGGACGUCGUGUCCAAGAUCUUUGCCUCCUACCUGCCCAUCUUCUUCUUCGUUGCUGCGGGCUACGACCACGUUGUUGCCAACAUGUUCCUCCUUCCCGAGGGCCUCAUGACGGACAUGGCCGAUUUCAGCGUUGGACGCUACAUUGGCACAUCGAUCGUUGCAUCCUUCCUGGGCAACGUUGUGGGCGCCGCGCUCCUCGUCGUCCCCCUGGUCUACAUUCACGGCCGCGAUGAGUUUGACCCAAACAACCUGGAGGUGGCCGACGUGGGCGCACACGGCUCGUCGAGCCCCAACGGCACCGUUGCCGGCCACCAGCAGAAGAAUGCAGAGUGGCGAGAGGACGUCGAAAGGGCAGCUGCCUCCAAGUCCGGCUAA